GCGGGAAUCUUCAGUGAUGUGAUUGCCGAGCUGCUGCCCAGCUACAAGCAGCAGGAGGUGCACGCCAAGGACGCCCUGGAUGAGUACAUUGAGCAUCGCUUGAUGAUGUACGACCGCGUGCGCAAUCCCAAAACCUCAGUAAAGGUGAAAUCUCUGAUUUUACCGGAGAAGGCCUAUUCCAUGCGCGAGGUAAAGGCCCAACACAUGGGCAAGCUGACGACUGUACGCGGCAUUGUGACGCGCUGCACGGAGGUGAAGCCCAUGAUGGUCGCGGCCACAUACACGUGCGAUCGCUGUGGUUCCAAGACGUACCAGCCGGUGAGCUCGCUCUCCUUCACGCCCGUCCACGAUGGUCCUUCGGACGAUUGCCGCGUGAGCAAGGCCGCCGGUCGUCUGUACUUGCAGACGGUACAACUCGAAUAUUGGACUAAAAUAUAGAGUGUCACCAAAUAAUACCCAACUAAGAGAGACAGCGGUAGACCAACUUACCCGAGGAAACAGCCGGCUAGGAAUAUGCCUAUUCGGAGCGGAAAUAUGCAUAAAAGAAGGGAAGAAUAUGGGAUACUUUGGCAUUGGGGAGUUUAAAAAGCCUCUUAAAGCUGGACGUGACGAAAUCGACUACUCCAGGAGAAAGGAGUUCGCCGCCGAACAGCUACAAGUAAAAGGACAGGAUGUGGAAGGCGCUGGCAGCAAAGGUAUCGGCUGAUCGCCUGUAGAAAAAGCGAGCGGCUGUAGGUGUUAGCAAUGGCAAGCCCAACGUCAACGCACAGCCUUAUACGCCAUCUCUCCACUAGCCGAUGUCUUCUACGAUGAGAAACUGAAGCAGAAAUCAGGAAAAGUCCACGCUGCUGAGGAAAUACACAUCAAGACAACUUUACAUUUAACGAAGUUCUGCCCCCGCCCACAGUGAUUGGCUAUAAGAGCAAGAACAUGUUUGCCGUGGACAAGAUCUGUGAGGGAAAAGUCUUAAGUGAUGUGCCGCUUGGGCAACUACAGCGAUGGCACUGUGGAUCUCCAUAUAUGCCGCACUUACUAAAUAGCAAAUAGGCACCUCAGUUAUUUCAAAAGAUUGGAGGCAAUCGAUAUUCCUCGUUCACCGAAUGCCAAUCGGCUGUUGUAUGUCUCCGGCAAUCCGCACAGUGCCAAACGGAACUUCAACGAGCUGGCCAGACGCGAGUGCAAGCAAGGGAUCCAGUCCUUGUUUGAUACCCCAAAGGAUACACACGAAGAUGAAAAGCACUGUCAGUAGAAGCAGAAUCAGAGGCUGUGGCUGAUUGAAACUACAACUAAUGUAAACAUUAAGACAAACAUGGCACUUCUUGUCUGUACAAAUCAUGGACGUUGCACAUAGGCAAUGCCCUUCUGCGUCGUCUGAUGCGCCUUGAAGAGCGUCGAAGAGGCGAAUCCUUGCACCGGCUCUCAAUGAAUAUUGAUUGCCUAGAUGACUCUGUUCACUCCGAUCCUAAUGUAAAUCACGCAAUGCUUUGCACAAGCAUGUGGGCAACAUUCCAUCGUUCUUUGUGCGCCUGGCGGCGGUUCUGGUUUCGUCAAGCGCCAUAACCAAAAGAAGAAGCUGGAUGGUGCUGCAAACCUCGAAGAGGAAGAGGAUUAAGGACCAACACAUGGCCACCCUGCAGCAGAUGCCACUGCAUCACAUGGAGGACGAACAGAUAGAUCUACCGACGCCACCGCUGCCCAUUAAUCCGCCACCGAAACUGCUCGCCAAUGGGAUUAUCUACGGCUUUCGGACACGUCACUUGUCCUGCAUCGAGGAGAACGACUCCGAUUCGCUGGCCGGCAGCUCCAUUCCCCGUGCCUACGACAUGAUGCAGCAGGCGGACGAGACCUUCCAGAAGCUGAACGCCAAUGCAGAGCAGAGCUGCGAGGAAGAGGAGGAGCAGAGCCAGUCUGGUAGCGAGGAUGAGGAAGGGAACCUGGAUGAUACGAUUGCCAUGAUCGAUGAGUCGCGACUCUGCGAUGCCGACUAUCUGGAUGAGCUGGUGGCCGAUGAACAGCAGCAUCAGCAGCAGGAGGAGUCCUCGGAUCUAGUCGAUUCGGGCAAUGUAGAGGAGGACUACUGGCAGCCCAGCUUCAAUCGCAACGACAUCAUGAUGACCUCCGUCUACGGCACACUGAAUGGCUCCAUAGCCAGUGAAAUCUCCUCGACAGCCCCGCCAGCCUACUCAGAGCUGAGCACUCCCAAAAAAGAACAACCCGAGCCUGUGUAUGCCACGCCCGAGAAGCGUCGCGCCAGCAACCGUAGCUUCGACUCCACCUGCGCCUCCCUCACCAGCUCCAUCUACGGCGGCUCCAUGAACUCCUCCCUCGAUCUAAAGUACUCCUCGCUGGUCGUCUCAGUGGGCGGCGGCAGCGGCGGCGGCGGCGACUCUGGCGGCAUCAGUGCCACCAGCACACUGCGCGGCACCUCCGUCCCCCCCAUGGACAUCUCCAUGAUGUCCAGCGAUGGCGUGAGUGCCCUCGACUGGAGCUCGACCAGCGUAGGACACUGCGGACACGUCUUGGACACGGACGAUGCUAAUCCUGAAGAGGACCUCAACGAGGAGAUGUCCGCCAAGUGCCUGAGUGCAGCAGAGAGUGAUCUCCAGUCCAUACGACGUCUGCUGGAACACGAUGCCAGCGGCUCUGUGUGCCCCUCCUGCCGCAUCUCCUUCGACAAGGGCAAGCGACGGAAACUGAUCGACACCUGCGGCCACGAGCGCUGCUAUUCCUGCAUGUUCCGCAACGAUCAGUGCCCCAUGUGCAUGAACAGCUCGCUGAAAGAUGUCGAUGGCGCCAACGCUCAGGGCUACGAUACGGGUAUCGGUGGCUCCACAUCCACCAUCGUGAGUCCGCUGGGAUCGCCGCAGCCGCAGCUGAGAUCGCAUGCGCAGAGGAACGCGGCCCUGGCCCGCUAUAUGCAGCAGCAUCGCCAGGAGUCGCAGUCGCCGGACUUCCAUCGCUAUGCGAGCAAUGGCAAACUGCCGCGGGCCUCCGCUGCAGCAUCGACAAACGGCAAUGGAUUCGUGGCUGGCACCACACAAACCGUCACCGUGGAUGUGCACAACCACAAUGGGCCGGCUGGAGCUGGGGCUGGGUCUGCGGCUGGGGCAGGGGCAGGCGGCAAGCAGAGCAACAUCAUCCACAGCCACAGCCACAACCACAACCACAGCCGCAGCAGCAGCCUGAGCCACAACAUCCAUGCGGCGGCGUACAGCGAACUGAAUGCGGCACCACCGGCUUUUGCUACACCGCCGACGCGUAGGCGGUUCUUCAACCACAAGAAUCUGCGGAGCGCCCUCAUCGGAGGAGGAGGAGGAGGAGGUGGUGGCGGCGGUGGCGGUGGCAGUGGUGUAGGCGGGGGCCACCGACGCACAGCCUCCAACGGGGGCUGUCCCAUUGACACGGCCUCGAUACUAACCGGCGAUCAUCACCAACACCAUCAUCAUCAUCAUCAUCAUCAUCAUGACCAAGCCAGAGGCAAGGAAUCGAACGCCCUGAACACCUCCACCUGCUCGGACUCGGCGGUGACCCGGAGACGCCGCAAGAGCGUCAGCAGCAACAACCUGAAGACCUCGACCUCGGCCAACAGCGAGAACCGCCUGAAUCGCCUCAGCCUGGCUGGCACCUCCGUCUACGCGGGGCACCUGUCCUCGCUGGUCUUCGGCAAGAUCAAGUCCCUCUGGAGCGUCAACUCGUCCAACUCGAGCGAGGCGGGACUCAAUCAACUAGCAGGUGGCGGCGAUGCCUUGGACCAUCACUCCUCGUUUCUGAACGAGAAGCUGCAGAAGGAUCAGCUGCAUGCCCGGCUGGGCCUGCUGCUAAACGACAACUGCAAUGGAAACUCCAGCAGCAGCGAUCCAUCGCCCCACUCGACGAGCACCACCAGCAGCAGCGGAGUGGGUGCCGCCAGCAGCACCACCACGAGCAGCUCCUCCCAGAACAUCAGCCCCGAACAGACGCUGGCCAGUGGCGGCUGCUCAGGGCUGCUCAGUGGCAGCCAGCUGUCAGUGGCCACCAGCCACCUGGCCAAGGACGACACCCUGAGCCUGUCCAGCAAGUUCAAGGUCGGAUGCUCCAUGCUGCAUGUGUACGAGGCGCUGCCGUUGCCGGGCAAGUCCCGCAAGGGAGCCACCCGACGCUCGACACGAUCCAGCCAGCAGGCCUCCUCUGCGGGAAGCAAUCGAGUGGCGGGCUCAACGCUGGCGGCUGUGAAGCUGGCCCUGAAGCCGCUCUUCUUUGAGGUGCCACUGCAGGAGCCAGAUCCGCCGUACGUCGGCCGCCAGUGGCUGGUGCAGCAGCUCUCGAACAUACUCCUCGGCACCGAGACCCGCGUGGUGCUCAUCAACGGACAGCCGGGCACAGGCAAGACCGCCUUUUGCCUGCAGCUGGUGGAGUACUCGUGCUUUGGCCGCCGCCAGAUGCAGGAGGACCCGGACGGCAUAUACAGCCAGCUCCAGCUGGGGGCUCACAACGAGCGCAUGCGCGGCCUGGCCUCCCACAUGGUGGGCUACCACUUCUGCCAGGCGGACGCGAAUCUCACGUGCCAGGUGCCGGACUUCGUCCACUCUCUGGCCGCCCAGCUCUGUCAGGCGCCCCAGCUGACGGCCUACCGGGACUAUCUGCUCUCGGAGGCCCAUCUGCAGGAGAUCCUGAGUGUGCGCGAGUGCAUCGCAGAUGCGGAGCGGGUGAUGAAGCUGGCCAUCCUGGAACCCCUCGCGCAGCUUCACCGGGCAGGGAAAAUCCCCGCCAAGGUGGCCGUUAUCCUGGUGGACGCACUCUGCGAAGCGGAGUACCAUCGACCCGACCACGGCCACACCAUUGCCAGCUUCCUGGCGCAGCUCACGCCCCACUUCCCAGCAUGGCUAAAGCUGGUGGCCACCGUGCGCACCCAGAUGCUGGAGCUGGUGAAGGCCCCCAGCUACACGCAGCUCACGCUGGACAGCUGGGCGAGCAGCCAGUCGCUGCAGCAGGACAUGCUGGACUACAUCGGCGCCAGGCUGUCCCACAGUACGGAUAUUCAGCACAACAUCGGGGGAGCGAGUGGCGGACAGGGACAGCCGGCGCAGGCCCAGACCAAGUUCGUGUCCCACCUGCAGUCGCUGAGUCGCGGCUCGAUGCUGUACGCGAAGCUCAUCCUGGAUCUCAUUGCGCGCGGGCAGCUCGUGAUCAAGUCCUCCAGCUACAAGGUGCUGCCCGUCUCGCUGGCCCAGAUCUUCCUGCUGCACUUCAACCUGCGCUUUCCCACCGCGCGCAGCUUCGACCAGGCGGCGCCCAUACUAAACGUUUGCCUGGCUGCCCUCUACCCGCUGACGCUGGACGAGAUCUACUACAGCAUGGAGGCGCUGAGCCAUGGCCAGGAGCCACUCAGCUGGCCGGACUUCAUGCAGCGCUUCAAGCUGCUCGACGGCUUCCUGAUCAAGCGUCUGGACAACACCUACAUGUUCUUCCACAGCUCGCUGCGGGAGUGGCUGAUGCGGCGCGACGAAGGCGAGUCCAGCAAAUUCCUCUGCGAUGCCCGGCUGGGCCAUGCCGCCAUCGCCUUCCGUCUGUCGAGACUCCAGGCUCCCCUGUCGCCGCAGCUGACCUUGGAGCUAGGCCACCACAUGCUCAAGGCACAUCUGUACGGGGGAAGCAGCCAGCCCAUUCUCUCGCCCCGGGAUCUGCAAUCGUACUGGCUGGCCGGGACGGCGGACAACAUAUCCGCAGCGCUGGGGGCUCUGCGCAAUGUCUACAGUCCCAACCUGAAGGUAUCCCGUCUGGUUCUGCUGGCGGGCGCCUCGCCGAAUCAUCGCACGGACUACAUGGGUGGGGCUCCGAUCCUGUGCAUUGCAGCACACGAGGGCAUCCUGCCCAUGGUGAGUCUUCUGCUGGAGUUUUGCGCCGACGUGGGCCUGACCAACAGCCAGGGGUGCACACCGCUCAUCCUGGCCGCCAUGCGCGGCCAUUGCGAUGUGGUGCGUCCGCUGGUGGCCGCUGGCAGCAGCCUCGGCCAGCUGGACAUCACUCAGAGGUGCGCCCUGGUGCAUGCCGCUCGAAUGGGCCACCUGAGUGUGGUCAAGUAUCUGCUGGCCUGCGAGUGGACGCCACGCCCCAAUAGCCAGGAUGUGAGUCGGUCUGUGGCUCUGCAGCAGGCUCUGAUCGGGGCUGCCGCCCAGUCGCAUUGCAAGAUCCUCGAGGAUCUGCUGGACCUCAACGAGAAUGAGUUCGAUCUGGAUGUCAAUGGCCUGGAGCCAAGCAGUGGGGAAUUGGCCCUCACGGCUGCCGCACGUCACGGAUGUGUGGACGUUGUCUGCAUCCUGUUAUCCCGUGGCGCUCAGAUCGAUGCCCGCAAUCGACAGGGAUACUCGGCCCUAUGGCUGGCCGUCAAGGAAGGCCACUGGAGCGUGGUGGAGCAGUUGCUGCAGAGGGGAGCGCUGGUGGACGAGCCGCUGGGCCAGACCCGCAAGACGCCGCUUAUGAUUGCCGCGGAAGAGGGCCACCUAGAGCUGAUGGAACUGCUGCUGGCGCGCGGAGCUGCUCUGGAAGCGCAGGAUCACGAGGGAUUCACUGCCCUAAGCUGGGCCUGUCUGCGCGGGCACUUGGCGGCGACCAAAUGCCUCCUCGAGCACGGCUGCAACCGCCACCACGAGGACCACAACGGACGCACGUCGCUGGAUCUAGCUGCCUACCAGGGAGCUGCCGGUCUUGUGUUGUAUCUGCUGGACCAUGGCGGCAAUCUGGAGCACAUUGAUGUGCAUGGAAUGCGACCUUUGGACCGUGCCAUUGCCUGCCGCAACAUCCAGGCUGUGCAGGUGUUCCUGCGCAAGGGCGCCAAGCUGGGCCCCACGACCUGGAGCAUGGCCAUGGGCAAGCCGGAGAUUCUGGUGGUGCUGCUGAACAAGCUGCUCGAGGACGGCAAUGUGCUCUACCGCAAGAAUCGAUUUCAGGAGGCUGCCCAUCGCUACCAGUAUGCACUGCGCAAGAUCUCGGGUCUGGAACAGCUGUUGGAGCGGAAUGCGGUGUUUGCCCAACUGCGCACCAAUCUGCUGCUGAAUCUGUCGCGCUGCAAGCGCAAAUUGAAUGAACUUGACGAUUCCAUAGAUUUGGCAACGCAGGCGAUUGCCCAGAAGCCGCACAGCUACGAGGGCUACUACGCACGCGCCAAGGCGCGAAUGGAACAGGGGGCCUUGAACGAGGCUCUGGUAGACGCAAAUGAAGCCAUGCAGCAGGCCGCCCAGAGCGGUGUACUCUGUGAGGUUGUCGAGGUGCUGAAGCGCAUACAGACCGAGCUGCUCACCCGCAUCUCCAUCAGCAGCGAGGAUCACUUUGCCUCCGGCAAGCUGCCACACGUUGGCAGCGUCAGUGGCGGCGGCGGCGGUGCCUGCGCCAUCUAUGAAUCUCAUCACGAGAUCACCGAUUUGUAAAUGUCGAUUGUUGUGUAUUGUUUUACUCCUGGUAUCCCAUUCGAAUUAAUCACGAUUCUAAAUUUAAAACUACCUUUAGGCCUAACUCUAACUCAUUUUUUUUGCUAUUUAUUGCCUU